AUGAUCAACGACCCCAAGUCGGCGCAGUUCAUCGCGUGGACGGAGCUGGGCACCAGCUUCGUCGUGUCCAAUGUGGGCGAAUUCAGCCGGAGCAUCCUCGGCUCGCACUUCAAGCACAACAACUUCUCCAGCUUCGUGCGGCAGCUGAACAUGUACGGGUUCCACAAAAUCAACAGGACCCCGCGCGCCCAGCGCACCUCCACCGACGCCCAGACCUGGGAAUUCUCGCACCACAAAUUCCUGCGCGGCCGGCCCGACCUGCUCGACGAGAUCAAACGCAAGGCCCUGGAACCGGACCCCGGCGUGAAGCACCGCGUCGAGCUCCCGGGCGAGGUCGCCGCGCAGCUCGGCCAGAUGCGCGAGGAGCAUAGGAGGACGGAGCGCGAGCUGGAGGAGGUGCGGCGGCGGUGUGAGCGCCUGGGGGGCGUGGUGGGCGCGCUGUGGGAGGCGGUGGGGAAGGGGGGAGGUGAGUGGUUUGGUUUGGUUUGGUUUGGUUUGGUUUGGUUUGGUUUGGUUUUGGUGCGCGGAGCGGGGGAAGGGGAGGGAGGGCGGCGUGGUUGUGCCCGGUGGGGAGCUGGUGUUCCUCGGAUUCCGCGGAUUGGUGGAUUAUAUGCGCAGGGCGCGCGGGUCCCGUCCACGCGCCUGCGUGAGGACUUCUUGUGCGCGCCUGGCUUCCCUGCACGAGUUCCUUCUACCCGCAUCUAG